AUGGUCUCGUCUUCCUCCUCUGCGGCCUUGCAGCAGAGUCUCGGCGAGUCUGAAGUGUUUGACCUCGUGUGCGACUAUUUGCGCACGCGCCAGUUCUUCGAGGCCGAACGCACGUUGCGCUCAGAGCGCGAGGCCACGAGCUCCUGCUCGCCCAAAGCCUCGUCGCCCGUGUCCCAGCAGCCCAAUGACGCGGCGGUGUCGACUGACGCGUCCCUCUCGUCGCGCCUCGAGUUUAUGCUCGAGCGCAGUUACGUCACGCAGCUCGUGUCAGGGUCGAAUCAGACGGAACCCGAGAAGAUCUUCGUUCCCCGUCAUGAGCUAGAGUCCACGUCUAAGCGCGUACGGGCCCAUUUGGACGGGAACGAGGCGCUAGCUGUCGACUAUGUUCAAGGCACGACAAUCAACGCCAGUAAAGGAGACGGUGAUGACGACACAGAGGAGGAAUUCCACUUAAGUACGCGACUUGUCAGUUUUGACGCGUGCAAAGACGACCCACACGGGUCAGCGACCAUGCCGAUUUAUCAGACGUCCACCUUCACGCAACCUUCUGGCGACACGUUCGGCGCCUACGACUACACGCGCUCGGGCAACCCUACACGGGCAGCUUUAGAGCGCCAAAUGGCCGAGCUCGAGAGCGGACAUCGGGCAUUUGCCUUCACGAGUGGCAUGGCUGCACUCUCGGCUGUUUCCCGUCUAGCGCAUGCCGGGGAUGAAAUCGUGCUCUCGGACGACUCGUACGGCGGAACGUACCGCCUGCUGAGUAAAGUCGCGGCAAAAAACGGAAUCAGCGUCAAGUACGUGGACUUAUCGGGCGAAAAUGGUCCUAAGAACUUAGGGGCAGCUCUAUCAGACAAGACGAAGUUGGUCAUGAUGGAGUCCCCUACUAACCCUAUGCAGCGAAUUUGUGACAUCCGACGCCUCGCCCAAGCUGCACAUACAGUCGGUGCCCUGUUGUCUGUGGACAAUACAAUGAUGAGUCCAGUGUUGCAAAAUCCGCUGAAGUUAGGGGCGGACAUUGUCGUGCACUCGGCCACGAAGUUCGUGUGCGGACACAGUGAUACGAUGUCGGGAAUUGUCAUCGCGAAGGACCCGGAGCUCUGCCGAGACAUUUACUUCUACCAGAACGCGGAGGGGACUGGCCUCGCGCCGUUUGACUGCUGGCUGCUGCUGCGUGGCGUUAAGACCAUGAGUCUGCGUGUGCUUGCAGCGCAGGAAAAUGCCGUCAAGGUUGCCAACUUUUUGAACGACCAUCCGCUUAUCAAGACCGUGCACUACACGAAUCUGCUGGACGAACACUCGCCCGACCGAAAGAUCCACGACUCACAAGCUCGAGGUAGUGGCUCGGUGGUGUGUUUCCGUACUGGCUCGCUCGCUUUCUCUCAGCACCUGCUGACAGUGACGAAGCUGUUUAAGAUCACCGUGAGCUUUGGCAGCGUGAACUCGUUGAUCUCGCUGCCCGGUGCGAUGUCGCACGCUAGUAUUCCGGAGGAGGUACGCAAGGCGCGCUCGUUCCCCGAGGAUCUUGUGCGUCUGUCCAUCGGUGUCGAGGACGCGAAAGAUCUCAUCAAGGAUCUCUCGCAGGCUCUGCAAUCGUACGUACCUCCUUAG